GUCGCAGCGACGCGAUGACGUCAUAAAAAUGGAGGACGCGGAAGGACGUCCUUCACUAAGAGUGCUUAGCGAUUUGAAAGCCACAAGAUUUUCCCUCAGGGAUUCCUAGUCUCCAGGCGAGGAUGCCUGUUCCACUGCUUUCCCAAAUAACAGCGGCAUAGCCAGUGCCCGUGGCCACGGACGGAGAGAGCGUCGCGAGCUGACUACGUUCACGCAGAGGUUGCCGGCACCGAGUCGGUUUCUAACGAGAAACUUAAAAACGAUUCGUUAAGAAAAGGAAAAAGCCGCGAGACCUCCAACUGCCCGAAAAAAGCAAAUUUUGUCCGUCAAAGUUCUCGACCCAAAAAGGCCAGCGACCGAGACCCAACGGUCGCUCGCCUCCCGGCGCCACCACACCGCGCGUGCGCAAACUCCCGUCACACACGCGGACGGAGGCCGAGAAGAAAAAAAGGCGGGAGCCGCCGAUUUCGUGGUGGUGGGGGGGGGCAAAAUGGCGCGGGAGAAGGAGAUGCAGGAGUUCACCCGUAGCCUCUUCCGAGGCCGCCCGGACCUCAGCACGCUCACACACUCCAUCGUGCGGCGGCGGUUCUUGGCUCACGCGGGCCGCGACCGCCUGGAACCCGCGGAGAAGCAGGCGCUGAAGCGCCUAGUGGAGGAGGAGCUUCUGAAGAUGCAGGGGGAUGAAGCUAGCGCCAGGGAAGAGAAGCUAGACCUUGCCAAGGUGAAGAGGCCUCCCACCCCCUGCAGUGACCCAGAGAGAAAAAGGUUCCGCUUCAAUUCGGAGUCAGAACACAGCUCUGCAGCCUCCAGUCCAGAGUGCUUCAGCCCCCCAGCAAAGAAAAAGAUGGCAGCAGCAGAAGUCGGUGUGGCCAAGGAGAAUCCAAAAAGAGCCUCAAAGAAAACAGUUGAGAGCAGUGAUGAGGAAGAACAGAAGAGCCUGAUGACAAACGCCAGAUUGGAGAAAGAAGUGGAGAGCAGUGAGGAGGAGGAUGGCCCUGCCAAAACAAGUAAGGUCUGGAAGGAAGAGAACAGUGAGGAAGAGGAGGAAAAGGCGCCUAAAGGCAGGACUAGGAAGAAAACUGUGACAAAUAACAAGCAAGCAUCAGGCAAUACCUCAGUCAGGAUGAAGCAGGCCAGGAAGGAAAGUGAGGACAGUGAGGAGGAGGAACCUGUCCAGAUGGGAAAGAAGGCAGAGAGAAAGCGAGAAGCUAAAAGCCACAAGGAAAGUAAAAAGGAGAGUGAAGAAGAAGAGACCCUAGCCGAGAAGGAAGAAGACAGUGAGGAAGAGGAGGAUUGGAAUCCCAGAGCCCAGAGUAAUGGAGGGAAGAGGCCAGCUCGGGAGGAGAGGAGCUGUAAACAGAAAAGCAGGGCAGUGAACCUGCUAGGAGACUGGGGAGACAGAGAGGAACAGAAGGAAAAAGUAGCAGUCAGCAGUGAGGAUAACAGCAGGGGUGAUGAAAAACCCUCAGUGCAGAGAAAGAGGAAGGUCAGGAGCCAGUGGAAAGAUGGGAGGAAGCACAGUGGAAGCAGCGAGGAGGAUGAAGACAGCUGUAGAACAGUAGAAACAAAUGCUAAAGGCACUGGAAAGACAACCCAAGUGGGCAGGCUCAAUGGUGAGGAGAGUGACUCAGAGAGGGAGGUGAGUGACAGCGAGUCAGAGGGAAGACCCAAAGGAGAGAAGAACCACCGCUCUUCCAAGAAGAGUUCCAAGAAAGGCAGGGCACGAAGCUCCUCCUCCUCCUCCUCAGAUGGCAGUCCAGAACCCAAAGGUGGUAAGGCUGGCUCUAAUCGCAGUGGUGAGGACCACCCAGCUGUAAUGAGGCUCAAGCGAUACAUUCGGGCCUGUGGCGCCCAUCGCAACUACAAGAAGCUGCUGGGCUCCUGCCGCUCCCACAAGGAGCGUUUGAGUGUCCUCCGGGCCGAGCUGGAAGCCCUGGGCAUGAAGGGUAACCCUUCCUUAGAGAAAUGUCGGGCUCUGAAGGAGAAGCGGGAGGAGGCAGCGGAGAUCGCCUCCUUGGACAUUACUAAUAUCAUCAACUGUUCAGGUCGACCACGCAGACGCACCGCUUGGAACCCUUCAGGAGAAGCAGGUCCCCCAGGGGAGCUAUACCGCCGGACCUUGGACUCAGACGAAGAGCGAAACCGCCCCCCACCCCCAGAUUGGUCACACAUGCGGGGCAUCAUCAGCAGUGACGGCGAGAGUAACUGAGUUGCCCACUUUCCACUUGUAGAAAGUGUUCAUAGCACCCCUACCCCCACCCUGUGCCUGCACAAAGCAGAGUGGACUUCUUCAGAGACUUGCAGCCCCCCGGAACACAAGUUGUUGGGAUCCUACUUCACAUUUCCAGUUCAAGGUGUUUCCAGGAAGUUAUUUUCCAAGACUUAAUAAAGUAAUGUUUGAAUCACCUCUUCAAAACUGGUCCCCCACUCUCACCUCUUGUACUUUGGGCCUGGAAACUGCAGAAAAGCCACUGCCACCCCUGGUCUGGUUCCUUU